AUGUCAACCAAUACAUGCCACCAAGCGGCCAUCCACAAUCACUUUGAUGUGCUGAAAUGGGCACAUGAAAAUGGCUGUCGCUGGGAUACCAACACAUGUUUGGGUGCUUCCAAGGCCGGCAAUUUGGAAAUGCUCCAAUGGGCUAGAAGCCAGGGAUGCCCAUGGGAUGCAACUACUUGCUCAGCGGCAGCAUCCUCCAAUCAUUUUGAAAUAUUGAAAUGGGCCAGAGAAAAAGGCUGCCCCAUGAGUGGUGACACAUGUGCCGGUGCGGCCUCAGCGGGAAACCUGGACAUGCUCAAGUGGGCUCGUAAUAAGAGAUGCCCAUGGGAUGCCAGUACAUGUUCUGCAGCUGCAAGAGGUGGUCAUUUGGCUGUCUUGCAGUGGGCAAGGGAAAAUGGCUGCCAAUGGAAUCCAAGCACGUGUUUGGCAGCGGCCGCCCAAGGUGGGCAUCUCCAUGUUUUGAAAUGGGCACACGAAAAUGGGUGCCCAUGGAGUGCGCAAACUUGUACGGCAGCUGCAGAAACUGGACAUUUAGAAUUGCUGCAAUGGGCAAGAGAAAAGGGAUGCCCAUGGAACAUAGGUGUCACUAUUGGUGCUGCUCAAGGUGGUCAUUUGGAGAUGCUGAAAUGGGCCAGGGAAAAUGGCUGUCCUUGGGAUAGUCGCAUUUGUUCUAUUGCAGCUGAACAUGGCCAUUUGGAAGUUCUAAAGUGGGCAGUAGCAAAUGAAUGCCCAUGGAACCGUGGUGCUGUUCUGGGUGCUGCCAAAGGUGGACAUUUAGAGUUGUUACUAUGGGCUCGAGAAAAUGGCUGUCCGUGGGAUCCACAAACAUCAGUUUGGGCAGCUAGUUAUGGGCAUUUGGAACUUCUGAAAUGGGCUCAUGGACAUGGCUGCCAUUGCGACGAAGAUACCUGCCUUGCCGCCGCCGAGGGUGGGCAUUUAUCCGUUUUGAAAUGGUUAAGGGCAAACGGCUGUCCGUGGGAUUCCCAAACAUGUCAUGCAGCCGAAAGUGAAGGACACUUGGAUGUGCUGCAGUGGGCACGUGACAAUGGCUGCCCAGAUAGUGAUGAAGAGAGUGACUAA